GGUUCCGACUUCCAGACACGAAAAAUAGAAAACAUGAGCAGUCCCUUGUUCUAUGAACUGAAGAAACAAGCAUCUUCCUUCUUGAAAGAGAAGAUGAAAACCGCUCGUUUGGCGCUGACUGAUGCAACGCCUGCAGAACUAAUGACAGAAGAAGCCACAAAUGAAAAUCCAUGGCCACCAGACACUCGUAGCAUUGGAGUAAUAUCAAGGGCUGCCUUUGAAGUUGAUGAUUACUGCAGGAUUGUGGACAUUCUACGUAAGAGGCUGUUGAACUUCAAUAGAAAGAAUUGGCGAGGUUCUUACAAGGCUCUAAUUUUAUUGGAACACCUUUUAUGCCAUGGACCAUUGAGAAUUGCUGGAGAGUUUGAGGACGACAAAGAUCUGAUCAAGGAGAUGGAAAGGUUUCAAUAUAUUGAUGAGAAAGGGUUUAACUGGGGGUUGAGCCUCAGGAAGUUAUCGAAGAGAGUACUAAAACUUGUCGAAGAUGAGGUGUUUUUCAGGGAAGAGAGGGCCAGAGCUCGGAAUCUAACGCGUGGAAUCGAAGGGUUCGGGAGCCUAAGCCUGCAGCGUUCUUCUUUCAUAGAUUCAAGCUUGAAGGGCUCGUCUCUUAAAACAUAUGAGAGAAGUAAUUCUCACUACAACGAUCAUCAAAGUCGCGAAAGCCAAGUCUUUGGCUCGAACAAGAAGUUUGUAAUGAAAGAAGAGAUGGAGAAACCGCAGCAGAACGAUGAUCACGACAACAUCUCAGAACCUGAAGUGAAUCUUGACGUAGGGGAUCACCCAUUUUGCCAGGAUGAGCAUCAGACGGCAGAGUCCCUUCUUUCUACUGUAAAUGAAUCUUGAAAUCCCGGGUGCUGUGUAUAAGAUAACUUAGUUGUAAAGUUUUGAUACACAGUUUGAAUAUACAUACAUGUUCAGCGAC